CUCGUACGUACCUGCUAACAGGCAGGCAGCCAGGCAGCAAAUUCACUUGUCGUUCCAUUUCGAGAUAGCCGGUCAAUUGUGCUAGCUCGAGUGCAGCCACGCAGCUCGAGCGAGAAAAAUUGUGUCAUGUUUCAAAUACUUGUGCGGUGAAUAAUUAAAAAAAAAAAGAAAAGUACGUGCUAUACCGAUUACAAAACCCAAGUGAAUAAGCCCUAGAGCUCCAUCUUUGAUUAAAUCGAAACUUGCUGUGUCCGAUUCAUACCGAAAUGUAUGAUGUGCCUCUGCCCAAACGCAUACAUUACACCUGCUACAAAUUAUGAUUUCCAUUGGAGGUACCACAAUGACUUCAACGAUGCAGCUCGUCUCUCGAAUUAAAACAAUGAGAGUUCACUUGUCUACCCUAUUAAUGAUACUCAUAUUUUCGGUUUCAUCAUCUGGGGCAUUUGAUGGGUAUGAUAAAUAUCAACGAUUUGAUGGAUCGUAUAACAACUGGGAACAUCCGCAUUGGGGUAAAACAGAUAGUCAUCUCACGCGUAAAACACCCGCAGACUAUCAAGAUGAGGUUUACAUGAUAGCAGGCCAAGAUAGACCUUCUGCCCGAAAAUUAAGCAACUUAUUCAUGCACGGAGAAGAUGGUUUACCUUCAAUUACUAAUAAAACUGCCCUUUUUGCAUUUUUCGGACAAGUUGUUGCUAUGGAAAUCAUUAUGUCAAGCGAACAUGGCUGUCCCAUAGAACUUCGCAAAAUUGAUGUAGAUAAAUGCGAUCCAAUAUUCGAUAAGAAAUGCGAAGGUAACAAGUAUAUUCCAUUUUUACGUGCUGCUUACGAUCCCAAAACAGGAAAAAAUCCUAAUAGUCCACGAAAACAGAUAAAUAAAGUAACCAGUUGGAUCGAUGGAAGUUUUAUUUACUCGAAUGAUGAAAAUUGGGCUCAUUCUAUGAGGACUCAUCAAAAUGGUACUUUGCGUACGGACCCGAGUGGAAAGUUUCCUGUACGAAAUGAUGCACAGAUGCCUCUUUUCAACAAAGACGUAGCGAAUUCCCACCGCAAUCUCGACCCCAAACGACUUUUCUUACUUGGAGAUUCAAGAUCAAAUCAGAACCUUCCACUGCUUGUUUUUGGAAUUGUAUUUCAUCGAUGGCACAAUGUUGUAGCGAAUAAGAUUAAAAAUGAAAACCCUGAUAUGAGUGAUCAUGAGUUAUUCUAUGAAGCUCGAAAAUUCGUUACAGCAACUUUACAGAACGUUAUCAUGUACGAAUAUCUUCCUGCUUUAUUGGGCGAACCUAUGCCAAAAUAUUCAGGUUACAAUUUUGAUCUUCAUCCAGGAGUAAGUCCCAUUUUUCAGAGUGCAGCCUUCCGUUUUGGGCAUUCGAUGAUACCACCUGGUAUCCUCAGACGAAACAACCAAUGCGUAUAUCGCUCUACGAGAAAUAGCCACCAGGCCGUACGAUUAUGCAAUACUUGGUGGGAUGCAAGUGAAGCAAUAAAAGACAGCCCCGUGGAGGAAUUGAUAAUGGGCAUGACGUCGCAGCUGUCCGAGCGCGAAGAUCACCUACUGAGCGCGGAGCUUCGCGACAAUCUUUUCGGACCUCUCGAAUUCACGACGCGCGAUUUAGCCGCCCUGAACAUCAUGCGCGGCCGAGAUAACGGCCUGUCGGACUACAAUACCGCCAGAAAGUCCUUCGGUCUCAAGCCCCGUAAAACCUGGAACGAAAUAAAUCCCAAAUUGUUCCGAAAUAAUCCGGAAUUGUUGCGCACACUGAUGGAGACGUACAACAAUGACUUGUACAACAUCGACGUCUAUGUAGGUGGUAUGCUCGAAUCCAGCGACGGCCCUGGCGAACUCUUCAAAACUGUCAUCAAGGAGCAAUUUUUACGCAUCCGCGAUUCCGAUCGAUUCUGGUUCGAAAAUGAUAAAAAUGGAUAUUUCUCUGCAGAGGAAAUUGAGGAAAUUAAAAAGAUAACUUUUUGGGAUAUAAUUGUUAAUGCAACUGAUGUGGAACCGAACGAUAUCCAACGUGACGUUUUCACCUGGCAUCAGGGUGAUCCUUGUCCUCAACCUGUUCAACUAAAUACAGCAAUGUUGGAACCAUGUGCACCUUUACAACAUCAUGACUAUUUCCAGAACAGCCAAUUUGUAUACACAUACGCUUGCAUAUUUUUAUGCUUCGUGCCAGUUUUGUGCGCCAGUGCAGGAUAUGGCGUUGUAAAACUACAGAAUCGGAGACGUCGUCGAAUGAGGAUCCAGCAAAAGUUCCCGAAUCAAAUCUUUGGCGGAAAAGUUAAUGUCGAUAAAUUGUUCGUACGCGAAUGGUUGCACGAGAAUUUCCGACGUCGGGUUAAAAUCGAAUUCAUGUCCGACUCGUCUCUUCACUUGCUCAAUCGCAAAGGCGACAUACUUAGAAAAUUCAGAUUCGUUUCAGGUUCAGCUACAGAACCUAAUAUGUCGGAUCCAGUUACGAUCUACCAAUCAAACGGAGUUGACAACAUCAAUCCUAAAAGAGGCCUCGUUUGUUUUCGUACGAAAAAUGAUUACGAUCUUGUGUUAGAACUGGAUUCAUUCAUUUCACAAGAAAAAUUUAUGAGCAAAAUUUUUACUUUCUUACAUCGUCGCAAUGUACCGUACAAAAUGUACGUAGCAAACCCAGCAGAUAUAUGCAAAAACGCAGUAACCAGAGAGGCCCGACAAGAGAAAUUAGAAGACUUUUUCAGAGAAGCUUACGAGCUUCGCGAGUUUCCAAUCGAAACAAAUAAGGCCCGAAGAAGCUCAAUGGAUAAUCAUCAAGAAAAAGAAAUUCUAUCGAAGAACACAACACUGUCCAUAAGUGAAUUUGCCAAAGCAUUGGGUAUGAAACCCGAUGAAUUCUUCGUCACGCACAUGUUCAAAGCAGUAGACAGAGAUGGCGAUGGACGGAUAUCUUUCAAGGAAUUCUCCGAGACUGUCGUUCAAUUUGCGAAGCCUUCAGCGGAGGAUAAAAUGGCGAAUAUGUUCAAGUUGUUUGGUGGCGGUGACACAGAUAGCUACCUCCAGAAGAAAGACUUCUCAGACAUAAUACGCUCGCUUGUAAAUGUGGCUCGUACUACCAGCCUUUCCGACGAGAAAGUCACUGAAAUUAUUGACGACUUAUAUGAUAAAUGCCAUCUGAAGGAAAAACAUCAGUUGAGCUUUGAGGAUUUCAAAGAAAUUAUGAAAGAAUACAAGUCAGAUUGGGGAGUAAUCGGUAUUGACCUCAAAGGGGCGAAUCAGAAUUUCAUACACGUUAGGAAGAAUACCGAUCGUAUGAGUAAAUUCGCUAUAGAGUCAGACGCUACCAUAGGAAGGAAGAAUUUUUUGGUGAAAAUGUGGAAAAAAUGGAAUAACCUUGUAAAAAAUUGGAACGUUCUCGUAACUUUUCUCGAAGAAAAUCGGCAGCAUAUAUUCUUUCUUUUUGUUUUCUACGUCAUCACGUUUGUUUUGUUCACCGAGAGGUUCUUUCAUUAUUCUUUCAUGGCGGAGCACACGGAUCUACGCCACGUGAUGGGCGUGGGAAUAGCGAUCACACGUGGAUCUGCGGCAUCCCUGUCCUUUUGUUACAGUUUGAUACUGCUGACGAUGUGCCGCAAUUGCAUAGCCAAGCUCAAAGAGUUCUCGAUUCACCAAUACGUGCCGAUCGAUUCGCACGUCCCGUUUCACAAAAUUGUCGCCUGCACCGCGGUAUUUUUCUCCCUGGUGCACAGCGUUGGUCAUUUAGUUAAUUUCUAUCACAUUUCGACCCAACCGCUUGAGCAUUUGCAAUGCCUCACGCCUCAAAUCAAUUUCUCGAACGGAACGAGACCGAGCAUAAAUUUUUGGCUUUUCCGAACCGUAGCAGGAGUAACUGGUAUACUUUUGUUUAUUGUUACAACAAUAAUAUUCAUUUUUUCGUAUCCAACGAUAAGGAAAAAAGCAUACAAAUAUUUCUGGCGAACACAUAUGCUUUAUGUGUUACUGUAUCUACUUUGCCUUGUACAUGGAAUAGGAAGAUUGACAGCCUCUCCGACUUUUUGGACAUUUUUCAUAAUACCAGGAUCAAUCUUUAUUUUUGAUAAGUUGUUGAGCGUACGUACAAUGAGUCAACCACUAGAAAUACUUGCUACGGAGAUUUUGCCGUCAGACGUCAUAAUGAUCAAGUUUUUCCGGCCACCGAACCUGAGAUAUUUAUCCGGCCAGUGGGUACGAUUAGCGUGUGCCGACUUUAAUCCCAGAGAGUUUCACGCUUUCACCCUCACAUCGGCACCUCACGAAGAUUUUUUGUCGUGCCACAUAAAAGCGCAGGGCCCUUGGACGUGGAAGCUUCGAGAUUAUUUCGAUUCAUGCAACUUCAAUACCGACGUAGGAGAACCAAAGCCAAAGUAUGUUUACAUCGACGGGCCUUUCGGUGGAGGAAAUCAAGAUUGGUACAAAUUUGAAGUCGCUGUUUUGAUCGGCGGUGGUAUCGGUGUCACUCCGUACGCUUCGGUGCUCAAGGACCUCGUUCACAAUUCCUCGACAAACCGAUUUACAGGAUUCGCAUGCAAAAAAGUAUAUUUUAUAUGGGUUUGCUCAUCGCACAAACAUUUCGAAUGGUUCAUCGAUGUACUUCGUGAAGUUGAAAUGGAUGACGAACAACGUAAGAAGAAGAAAGAUGAGCAAAGUGAGGAGAAUAAAGAUGAACAAAGUAAGAAGGAGGAAGACGAACAGAGUAAGAUAGAGGAAGACGAACAGAGUAAGAUGGAGGAAGACGAACAGAGUAAGAUGGAGGAAGACGAACAGAAUAAAAUGGAGGAAAACAAACAAAGUGAGAAGAAGAAAGACAAACAAAGUGAGAAGAAGGAAGACGAAAGGUUGCUAGAUGUUCACAUUUUCAUCACACAGUUUUUCAAUAAAUUUGAUUUGAGAACAACGAUGUUGUACAUCUGCGAGCAACAUUUGAUCCCAGUGAAAUGUAAGAGUAUUUUCACUGGUCUGAGGGCGAAAAAUCAUUUCGGUAGACCAGAUUUGUGCGCAUUUCUCAGAUACGUUCAAAACAAACAUCCGAACCUUGAAGAAGUUGGAGUAUUUAGUUGCGGACCAUCACCACUCACAAAAGGUGUCAUGUCAGCCUGUGAAGAGGUGAAUAUCACGCGCAAGGCUCCCUCUUUCGUUCAUCACUUCGAAAAUUUUGGUUGAAUUUUACUCGUUACAUUGUACCCAUCACUGCUGCAAUCAAAUUCUUUUUCAUUGAAAAAGUGUUUUAUAUAUUUGCAAAUUCAUACGUAAAUGUACAGUCGUGCCAUUUCAAUAUUUUACUUGAUAGAGGAAAAUUAUUGUUACAUUAUUGAUAAUUAGAAGGUUCAUGCAGAAGUUUCUCAGUUGAUUAAUGAAACAUACGUCCAUCUGUUUUAUGAUUCACUGUUUGCUGAAUGUAAUAAGUAGCUUUUUACUUACUCGUCACUCGACAGAAACAUUUAGUUAUUCAACAGAUGCGGUUGUAACAUUUUAAGAGAAUGCACUGUAAACAAAUUUUAUUCAAAUAAGUAAUGUUGCACCGAGUUGUAUAUUCGGAUCAGAGAUAAUGUCUUGAGCUGGUCUCCUUUUAUCAUUCAGGUAAUAUACCGAUAACUGUAUCUCAGAUCCCAAUAUUGCAUUCACGCGAGAAAGUCUUAGUUUUAAUUAAAAAGUGACGUAUCUUGGGUUAAAGUAAGAAUAAAUGAAUUUUUUUGUUUUAUAAUUCAUACGAAUAAUUAGACACAAUCUGCAAGAAAACGUUAUAAAUUCAGCUAUUUAAUCAAAUGAAUUAGCUACUUUGAGUAUUAGUAAUUUAGUAUAGUUUUACAAUUAUAAGCGUGUACUUAAUAUUCAACAGUAGAUAAAAUAUCAUGCAUUUUAAUUAUGUAUCGAAACAAAGAAGUAAUUGGACGUUUCAAUUGUUCGAAUACUCUUUUCAACUAUCUUUACCCAAUCUUUUUAUGCUGUGCUCAUAUAUAAUACGUUUAUCGAUUCGUACCGAUGGUCUAUAUUAUUUUAUGUCUCUUGCAUUUACUGUCGGUUUAAAUGAUGCUCAGCUCAUGAAUAACGAAAAUUUUAUAAUUAUACUGACUAUUUUAUAACCACCUGAUACUUAGUAAGUUGUACAUUUUGUAAAGUAUUGUUAUUUUAUAGUAAAAAAAUAUAUGAACUGUACAUAUGUAAUAAA